AUGAAGUCAAUUUCUCAUAAACAUCAACGUUUUUUACCCUUACCUGAACUCGUGUCGCUUUUUGGGAACAAAUCGAAAUGUCAUUUGGAAUUAUUUUUAUCCUCAUCUUCACGACAAUUAGAUUCUUCUCGUUCUGUCCCUCAUAAUAUACAAAACGUUUCGUCUGAUGAUCUUCCUGAUUUUAAUUCAAUUAAGCCAGAUUCUAUGGAUACCAUUGCAUUGAGGGGAACAUUUGAAAAUAUGUUAUCACAGUUGGACAAUACUCUUGCUGAAAAUUCGAACUCUUUCCACACCUUAUCGUCUAGUCGUCUUCGUUCAGCUCCGUCAAUGGCUAAGCCGGUUUCAAUACCCGAACGUAAUCCAACUCCUCCACCCUUUCUACCGCCACCAACAGCUUUGUCUCAUCGACCCACAUCAGUACCGCUAUUCAAUCAUUCCUAUGAACUUUCUCAUCAUUUUACGAAAUCAAGCUGUCUUCCUGGAGUUGGUGCUAGCGUUAGUUGCGCUGUUACUUCAGCUCCACCGCUCUGUGAAAUUCUGAUUAAACCUGAGUUACAAAAACAAGCCCCGAUUUCAGGUUUUCAAAGACAUACUAAUGAUUUACUUAUCAUCACUGAAGCAGAAGAAAGGGCUCUUAGAGGAAGACUGAACGCUUUGAGAAAUGAAAUGGAGAGGGAUGUAGAAAGCGAAGGGUCUACCCAUUCAUCUGAUGUAAGCCGCCGUGACUUUGAAAGAACCAAUGGAGGAACUGCAAGCGUGAACUCAAGUGCAUCUGUGACCUUAGCACAGGUCGAAGAUAGCCUUUCAUCAAUUAUUAAAUUUUGCACCACAACUACCAGUAGUGACAGCGGUGAGCAAGCACUCUCAAAAUCCACAGUCGUCUACGAAGAUUCUUUAAAAGUUGUUUCGAAAUUCACCGCAUGA